AUGGACGACUUGGACCCUUCCCCUCGCGGUUUCAAGCGCAAACGGACAGGGACAUAUGCGACGAGAAGACGAACAUUAGCCUCGUCUCCUGCACAGGCACAAGCCGCGCAAGCGUUUACGACAAAGGGUGCGGCAAAAGCAGAGUCAGAAGCGGCCAAGCAGGUUGUUUACGAGAGUGAUGACCCGACAACCGAUUUUCCGGCGGUGGAAGAACCUCUUGCGCUAGAAAGCGAGGAACAAGCCCGAACUCCCACUUCACGGAGGAGUAGCGGCGGCAGGCAAACAACAGAAGAUGGCUUCUCGGACAUAAUGGCGAGUGCUGGAACAGCUGGCCGACCUCGCGGGCCGAGAAAGAGCCAGAUCGGAGCAAAGCAGACUGCUAGGCCGAAAGACACCAGGGAGGACCAAGCCGAGCCCUUAAGCAGAAGAUCAAGUGGCAGGACGAGGCGGCCGGCGCGACGAGCUGGCUCUGCCGUCGACAAAUUACCCGAACAGACUCCUUCGACAUCGCCAGUAAAGAACCGAGCAGCCACCGGUGCCCUUUCUCCUCAACCAAAAGGUAUACUAACCCCUUCGCGACGCGGAGGGGGGCAGAGGAACGGCCCACGAAAGUCUGUGGUGUUUCAUGAGGAUGUCGACGUGGACGAUACAGAUGAGAAGCAGAUUGAAGACCAUUUCGGGUUCAAGGACAUCGGCAGUUCGAGAAAGAAGAAUGGAAGCCCCAGCACAAAAAGCAUCUCGGAAAGUCCUGAGGCCAGAGAAGAAGAUGUCUUUGAAGAUGCACCGGAAUAUCAAGAUCGGGCACGACAGCAUGGCGCCAUGGGGGAAGCAGAUGAUGACUCCAUCUCAGAUGAGUAUCCGGACACGGAUGAUAUCCCUCCGACUUUUCGACCCACUUCGAAGAUGGUGCAGGCAUACUCGUCUCUGACAGAAGACGAAAACCCUCAUCUCACCAGCAUAAAGGUCCAGGUCCUCUCCCGUCUCAUAAGCCGCAGCCAGACCCCGGAUAACCCAGCCAGGGCAAUCCCUGCGCAUCUGCACCACCAGUACACUACGCUCCAUUCCCUGCUCAGUGCGACAGUCACGGCCGGCGAGUCCAAUUCUCUGCUGCUGCUCGGCUCGCGGGGCAGUGGGAAGUCCUUCCUCCUCGAAAACGCUCUUGCGGACUUGAGCAAGUCGCACAGUGAUGACUUUCACGUUGUCAGAUUGAACGGGUUCUUUCAAACCGAUGACAAACUUGCAUUGAAGGAGAUCUGGCACCAGCUGGGGCGAGAGAUGGCGGUUCCGGAGGAUGAGACGAGCGAAGUGUCGAGCUAUGCCGAUACGAUGGCAAGUCUGUUGAGCCUGUUAAGUCAUCCAGAAGAACUGGGGCAUUCCGACGUGAUGGAAGUUGACGGCGCCUACAAUUCACGCGAGCAUGGACCAGCAAGGACGUCAAAAAGCAUCAUUUUCAUCAUGGACGAGUUCGACCUCUUCACCACCCAUCCGCGCCAGACGCUGCUGUACAACCUGUUCGACAUUGCGCAAGCGAAAAAGGCGCCGAUUGCCGUGAUCGGCUGCUCCACGCGUAUGGACGUUGUUGACUGCCUGGAGAAGCGUGUGAAGAGCCGGUUUAGCCACCGGUGGCUGCAUAUCCCUGCGGCGAAAAGCCUCGUGGCGUUUGAGGAGAUUGCGAAGGACGUCUUGUGUCUUCCUGUUGAGGGCAAAGAGGCGCUUGGAGUGGCAAAGGAAGAGCGGGAUUGGAGGGCAAGGUGGAAAAAAUUUAUCGAGACUCAAUUCCUCCCAUCCUCGGACGUCCAAUCGAUGCUGAAGAGAACCUUUUCCAGUACGAAAUCUAUUCCCGACGUGCUGGCGGCAUUGUAUGUUCCCAUCGCCACGCUCGCCGUGCCUGCCAACCUCGCGGAACACCCGAAGGCACCCUCCCCAAGCAUGACGGACACGACCACCACCGCGCUUCCGUCUCUGCUUGCUCUUCUCCCACAUCUUCCCAUCCUCCACCUGUCCCUGCUCGUCUCAGCCGCCCGACUCGAAACCAUCUACGACGUGAUGAUCGUAAAUUUCACUCUCGUCCACAAACAGUACACGGAUCUGUUGACUCGAUCGAGACUUCAACGGUCAUCACUGUUGUCGUUCAACAAAGGGGGAACUCUGACGGGAGCGGGUUUGAGGACGUGGAACAAGGAUACCGCACGUAGUGCGUGGGAGGAGUUGGCACUAUGGGAGUUCAUCGUCCCGGCUUCCGGCGGUGGUGGCAGAUUAGGCGACGAAGGGCUUGGUGGAGAUGGUAUCGUGACGAGAAUGUUCAGGGUCGAUGCGACGCUUGAUGAAGUCGCCUGGGCAGUCAAGCAGAAGUUGGGUAGCGCUGGUGUGGGCGAGACCUUGUACAAAUGGUGUAGAGAAAUUUAG